AUGCGGCCGGACAGCUCGAAUGGAGUUGGAAAUAGCGGCCGGGAUUGGAGAAAUAUGCGGCCGGGCGUGAUGAAUAUGCGGCCGGGCAAUAGGCAGCUGGGCACGAUUUGGUGUGACUGGAGAAGAAGAAUUGCGGCUGGCUAUAGAUGGAAGUGCAUAUGGAUUUUUCUGUUGGGCACGGCCAGGAUUGGAGGAGUUCGUAGCUGGGCAGGAUUGGAAGACUGUGGCCGGGUUCUGCUUGGAAUUUAG